ACUAGUGCCAGUAGAAUUAGAAAGCUUCCUCAGGUGAAGAGAGAACGAUUUGAUCUAUGGAGUUUGAACCGAGCGGCUCGAUCACCUUUUCCUUGGAUCCUUUUAAUUUCUUUUCGAUUUCUUUAUGCUGCCAGAAGACAAAAAAAAUAUUUCGUUGGAAUAUUUAUAACGACAUUGUUGAAUGUUAGAUGUUAUUUGAUGGUUUUAUGGUUACAGAGUUAACCAUUUUUAAAGAUUUCUUUGACUGUAUUGACAGUAGGAUAUACAGCAUCCGAUAUUUAGAUUUCGUGUUUACAAAACUGUAUUUAAAAAUCAUAUAGAGAAGUCCAUCUUCUUAUUUAGUUUGUUCACCUCAGUUUAGGUGUUGUUGUUUUUUAAAUAUUGUAAAAUGUGUCUACAAAUGUCAGUGGCUUUUCGUGCUUGAUUUGUGUCCACGGGUUUUAAUAAGAUUGUGUUGUCUCAAAGUGUGUUCAAGACGAAUCUAAUAGUUUAGUCUCUAGUCUGACAUGUAGAUCUAAGCGUGGCACAGAGAUAUUAGGUUCAAUUCUCUGCUUCACAGUGGGGCACGUUUGGAUGACGUGGCCUUAUGUACCGACAGGGGCAACUCGUCAAUGUCCUCGAGUCUAUAUUGCUAAGCCAAAAUUCACCCUGGAGUCCCUACUUCCGGGGGCUUUCAGGCUCCAAGUUGACCCCCAUUGACGCCCUCACCCUCGGACUGGCCUUCAUGUAUGGCGGGGCGGACAACAGUAACCUAAGUGGAGUAAGCCAGAUUGAGGAGAGAUUGGAGCGGUGCGAGAUACGGGAGGAGCGUGACACCGUGAUACGUUGCGAUCUUCCUGAGCCUUCGGUUGAUAAGGACAAGUAUAUUGAGAUGCCGGAUCAGUGUGAUUCUCAGUGUGAUUCGUCAGAGGAGUGUAACGCUCUUCAGCAGUGUGACAACUAUGGAAAGUGUGAUUCAAAUGAUCAGUUAAAAACGCGUGUUUCGAAUGACCAAUCCAGGACACGCGUAUCAGAUGACAAAUCCGACAGAUCUGACCUUUGUAUCACACGUUGCGACAAUGCGAAUUCAAGCCUGCAGUGUUAUACAAACCUUCAGUGUGACAAUUUCGAGCAGCGAGACACGCGUGUCCAGUCCGAUGGGACUGGUCAGUGUGACGGGCGUGAGGUCAACAACAAUGACAGCAAUGACAAGGAAGGUGCUACGGGCAGCUCCAUUCAUUCGUUCGCUGACAUUGUCUACUACAAAGCGAAGUUUCUCAUGAAAACAGAAAACACCAUGAACUUGAGUAAGACAAAGGUGAAGGUCGAUGAGAGUGAGCCCAACUACUAUGAGGAGGCGCCCUUUGAGAGGAGAGAUGUGAUGGUGAAGAAAGAUAAGUGGGUCACAGAUCUGUACACAGUUGACUCCAUCCUCGGAAAGGGUAAAUUUGGUGAGGUCAAACGUUGUCGAGAAAGACGUACCGGGAGACAGCUAGCUGCGAAAUUUAUUGAGGUCAACGGCCCCCAGGACCGUCUGGAUGUUCUGAACGAGGUGGAGAUCAUGAAGCACCUCCAGCACCCACGUCUUCUGCAGUUGUACGACGCCUUUGAGAACAGGGAGAAUUUUUGUCUGGUCAUGGAAUUAGUAAAUGGCGGCGAGCUAUUUGAGAGAGUCAUCAAUGACGACUUCAUCCUGACAGAGAAAGCCUGCGUGAUGUUCAUGCGUCAAAUCUGUGACGGCGUAGCCUUCAUGCACUCUCAGAGCAUACUCCACUUGGAUAUGAAGCCGGAAAAUAUUUUGUGUCUUACACGAGAAGGCAACAGAAUAAAAAUCAUUGACUUCGGCCUGGCUCGCAAAUAUGACCCGAAAGAAGAUCUCAGAGUUUUGUUUGGAACCCCGGAGUUUGUCGCGCCGGAAGUGGUCAAUUUUGACAGGAUCUAUCCAUCUACAGACAUGUGGAGCGUUGGAGUGAUAUGCUACGUCUUAUUAUCUGGUUUAUCCCCCUUUAUGGGAGAAUCUGAGUCUGAAACAUUGUCCAAUGUUACAAUGGCUAAAUGGGACUUUACUGCUGAGGAAUUUGAGAGUAUAUCCAGUGAAGCUAAAGACUUUAUAUCAAAACUACUAGUGAAGGAACCAAGAAAACGAAUGUCAGCAUCAGAUUGCUUGGAACACCAGUGGCUGAGGAGGUCAGUCAAACGAGAAGGAAAACUUCUAGAACGAUCUCUGUCAAAAAAGAGGCUGAGAAAAUUUGUAUAUAGAAGAAAAUGGCAGAAAGCAAUUAAUGCUAUGUUAGCCUUGAGACGAAUGGGUGUAGCUCUCUCAUAACAUUAGUUCACUACUUGGACCAAUCAGCAUGCUGAUGAACACAAGACUACCCACGAGGCACUCUGCUGGCUACAUUUUGAUUCAGAAGUAUUUUUUUUUAGUCCAGAAUGCUUCAGACAUUCUGAGGAAUAAAUGCACCAGCAUUCACUUACAACUGUAACAGGUUUCAGUAAGCUGUCAUGACAUUGACUUAUAACUGGCUCAUUGUAAUGUUGCUCUGAGAAUGUUAAUUCAUUUCCAUCUCUGCCAAAUAUUUUUUCAUCAUGUACUCUGAAGCAGGUUGGAGUUAUAUCAAUAAUUAAUGGAGAAAAUUGUUUCAUUUCUUGUCCAACUGUUUAGAAAUGUUAAUGUCAAAUUAAAAAAAAAAAAUAUUUGUAUCAAAAAAUCUAUCAACAAUUCUGAAACAGUUUGAAAUAUUUUAUUUCAUUUGUACUUUCAUAAACAAAGCUAUCAUAGGUCUACUGAUAUUUCUUUUAAAUGUCAUGACACUGUUACAGGGUUACAUUUCAAUCUUUGUUUUUAUCUAGAUAAUACCCCAGUUUCAUGCUUUUAUGAUAUUUACAUUUUUUUAUCUGUCAUAAUUUGAUGGAUAUUUAUUGAAGUGUCUGACAAAAACUAAUUACAUGGUUAAAAAAAAAAAGUCAAAACAUAUCUUUUGACACUUUUGAAAAAUUUAAUUUUUUUUUUAAAUUUUGUAUUCGGUAAAAAUAAAGUAUAAUGAUUUUGUACUAAGUAAUGAUUUUUCUUUGAGUGUGUAUAAUUAAUUAAUUAACUAAUUUAUCAUUAAUGGGAAAGGUUUUUGUCUGACAGCAUUAUUUAUAAAAUGUUGGAAAUAAAAUUUGCCUAUUUCAUUUUUGAAUAUUUUGUUAUGAGCUCACAUUUAAACAUUUAUUUAUGAGAACUUUGAUUUUGUGUGUGUUUGUGUGAAUACUUAAACAGUAAAAUGUGAAUUUAAAAAAAAAAAGUGAUAUUUUGCAAAAUAUUUUUUUUUUGGCAAAACAUUGUAAAAAUCCUGGCUUAUGACUGUUGUCAGAGAUAUGUUACUUAUUGAAACACAUGUGAUCUGUAUUAUUACAUAUUUGAAUUAUGGUGUGGAUGCUUAACACAUCUACAACUUUUGUGCUUCAAUUAUGUUUAAGAAAUCAUCAAAGUUAAUAUCACAAGUUUAGUAUGAAAUCUGUGUUUUACUUUAUGAAAAGUUUUUUCACUGGUGAGCUACAGAAAUGACUCUGGCUAUGCUCAGAUUACUGGUAUGAAUUCCUUCCUUUGUAUAUACCCCUAAUCUUGUAUGUGAAUCCUUAUCCUGAUCUAUGUAACUGAUCUAUGUAUCUGACCUAUAUAACUGUUUGAAAGUUUAGUUCAAGAACAAUUAUUUAGUUUUCUGGUUUAUAAGAUACUUGGAUAGUACAAUUAUCAAUACUCAUUAUAAGCAUGUUGAAAUUAAAUGUAGCUAUAACUGCAGAAGACCCUCCUUUAAUUAAGAAGAACAAAUGUAAUGAAUCAUUAGCAACUACAUUAAUUUAGAUUGUGGAGGGGAUAACCAUAGAAAUAAGCAGUGAGACAAUUUUAGAGGGUUCCUUUCUUUAUUAUAGAAUUUUUUAAAUUUUGAUAUUUGUUACUAGCAAUGUAAAUAUCUAUUGUCUGUCUUAGAGUUAUCAUCGUAUUUUGUUUUUACUUUUGAACUUUGUAAUUGAAAACAAAAAUGUAAAACCCAUGUAUUAAGAUCUCUUAAAGUGUACAGAUUUAAUCAAUGAUGUCUAAGAUUGCUGCUUUAUUUUUUGUCUUCAAAUGUUACUGGAUAGUGAUUAAAUGUGUAGAUAUGAAUUUUUUUGCUUUAAUCUUAUGAUAAUUUUAUAGGAAGUCAUUUGAGCUUGAAAACUUGACAACUGUAAAAUGUGUAAAACCAUCCAUGUAAAUGUGUACAGGCAAAAGAUUGUAAAGUACUUACACUGACAGGUUUAUUUAGGACUAUGGAAAUGAAGGCUCCAACUUCAUUUCUCACCAAAAGAAUGUAUUACUUCCAAAGUGAUUUCAGUUUAUACAAGGAUGAAAUAUUUAGAUUUGUAAAUUUUGUCUUAUUAUAAAAAAGUUACAAGAAAUUUGUGGCAUAUUUUUUUCUCCUGAUUGUUUUUAAAAAUGAAAAAAAAAUUAGUCCUUUCACUUCUAUAAACAAAUAAUAAUUGAUAAAAAAAAUUAUGUACCAAGUAAUAUAUUUUAUAGUAAUAUGCAAUGAAUCUGGUAUAGCACAAAAAUUCCAUAUACUUCUGUAAAUGAUGUGACCAAUUUUUUCCUCUCUUGAUUGAAUACUUUCUAUUUUUAUGGAAAGAUUUUAUUUUGUAUUAAUACUAGCCAUAGAGAUUAGAUUUUUACAAGUUUGUCAAAUAUAUGGAAAAAAAAUCAAAUUUGUAAAGUAGUAUUCACUCUCUUUCAGAAAUGUUGACAUGAAUAUUUUGCAUUAAUUUUUUGGGGUUAGGGUAACAUUAAAACAUUAUUAUGCAACUCUAAAAGCCAAGAAUAAAUAACAGACAAUGCUCUUCUUCUCUUAUUUGCAGGCAACCUUAAUUCAUAGUUCAAAGUAUUAUUAAAAUUUUAUAUUAAUUCCUCAAA